AUGACGAAAGAAAAUUCGGUAACUUCUUCCGCUAAAUGGCUCUGGAAGACAAAUAAGAACGAUCUGUGGUACUUUCCCGAAGAAGGUGUAAUAGAAAGUGAUAACUGGACUCCUUAUUCUGACAAUGAAGCAGCACAAAUUGAAGCAAGUUAUCAAAAGAAGGAAAAAGCCGCCAUUUUCAACGAUUAUCGUAUUGACUUGAGUCUUUUCAUGCAUAUCUCGAAUUGGAACGAUAAAAGGGAACGUCUGGUGAAACGGACUUCAUUUGAAACAGAACCACAAGCAAAUCCAGGAACUCAGCAACCAAAUCAACGACUCCAAUCUAUUCCUCUGCUCCCUUUGAAAUCUUUCGGUCGGUGGCGCGACAACUAUAUUGAUUGUAUCUUAAACGAUGUUUGGAACUAUUUUCAUGUAAACUCUUCGGCAUUACAAGAGCUGAAUACUCUCCGACGAAUGGUUGUAGCAGCAGCUAAAGGUCUCGAGAUUGAAGGAGAUCGACAGGGUAAAGAGGCGGCGGACGAAUUACUCAGCGUAAAAGAUGGUACUCUCGAACAAGUGACAGUCAAAUGUGCUGCUUUGUACACACGAGCUACUUUUCUCUCUGGUAAACUGAACGAAUUCAUGAGAUUUGAUGGUGAGAAAGAAAAGCCAAAAUUUGUAAAGGAAAAAAUGAAAACUCUCGGUCCAUUUGCUCUUCUUCUCAGUGAAUUUCCCGAAAAUGGAUCUGAAACAAAAAUAACGGUUUACCGUUCGCUGUGUAUAAACGAAGAUAUGAUAGAACAAUAUCGAGAAUCAGAACAAGGUCGCGACGACUUUGUUUUUCCUGCAUUCACGUCAACCAGUCGCAAUCUAUCUAUAGCAAAGCUUUUUGGUGACAGAAUAAUUUUAGAGAUCGAUAUCAUCCCUCGAUACGAUGCAAUAGAUAUAUCUCCUUAUUCAAAUUUUCCUGAGGAAGAAAUGCUUUUAAGGCCUUACUUUACUUUUCGUAUACAAUCUUGCAUGUAUGAUAAUGUCUCAAAGAAAUGGAUCAUUCACCUUCAAUCUAUCAGUAUCGACGAUGAACUUUGA